GGUUAGGGACAGCGACUCAGUCGCGACGCCGGCUGCUGCGUUGGCCUAUAAAUUUGUGCGUAUCGGCAUCUGGGGACAUCAGUUGAGUUUUGUCUAGUCCAGAAAGUAGACGCAACCCCCCCAAAUAGUGCGCAUUCCAUUAAAGAUGAAGCUCUUCGCUUGUAUUGUUGUUGCCCUGUUGGCGCUCGGCACGCCCGCCCAAGCCUUCCUGGGCGCCAAGUUGGCUUUGCUCAGGUCCAUUAGCGGCGGCGGCGGCAGCGGCGGUGGCGGUUAUGGCAACGGUGGUGGCUAUGGCAGCGGCGGCUACUCGGGUGGAUACAACCAGGGCUACUACACACAGCCCAGCCGUCCAGUGUACAACAAUUAUGGCGGCGGCUACAGCAGCAGCGGCAGCAGCAGCAGCAGCAGCAGCUAUGGCGGCGGCUACGGCGGCGGCUAUGGCGGCGGCUAUGGCGGCGGCUAUGGCGGCGGCUAUGGCGGUGGCAACGAGCAGGUCAUCAAGGUCAUCAAAGUGGUGGAGCAGCCCCAGAGCUUUGCUCGAUCCAGCGGCGGCUAUGGCGGCGGUUAUGGUGGCGGAUAUGGUGGCGGAUAUGGUGGCGGCUAUGGCGGCAGCAGCAGCUAUGCCAAUGCGGGCAGCUACUCUCAGGCCCAGGCUGUGCCUGCUGUGACCUACAGCGCACCAGCUCCAGUUCCAAUUACAUACGCGGCACCGGCGCCAGUUACCUACUCGGUGCCCGCACCACAGCCCCCUCCGAUUACCUACUCGGUGCCCGCACCGCAGCCUGCUCCGAUUACCUACUCGGUGCCCGCACCACAGCCCGUGGUGCGUGUGCUGCCGGCGCCCGCGCCCGCGCCAAUCACCUACUCGGUGCCCGCCCCGCAGCCCGUGGUGCGUGUGCCCGCGCCCCAGCAGUACGUGAAGACCAUCAAGGUAAUUGUCGACGAGGACAACAGCGGCAUCAACCGUGUGCCCAGCCCAGUCUAUGGCGCACCCGCGCCAGCAGUAAGCAGCUGGAGCAACGCUGGCGCCUCGGCGGGAGCCUACAGCAACGAUGGCUGGCAGAACAAUGGCGGCUGGCAGAACGGCGGUUCCGGCUACAACAAUGGCGGCUGGAAGAGCGGCGGCAUCUGGGAGAAACUGGCGGCCGGCUGCUAAGCGACGCGGCAAUCCGCAAAAACUCUUCUCCUCCCCAACCGCCCUCCCAUACGGACUUGUUAAACUAUCUAGCCUACGAUCUGUGCACCUAAACUUACU